AUGUCAUCAUUCCUAUCAAAGAGGUUCAUUUCAACCACACAAAGAGCAAUGUCCCAACUACCUAAAGCGAAGUCAUUGAUUUAUUCAAGCCACGACCAGGAUGUGUCCAAGAUUUUGAAGGUGCAUACCUAUCAACCAAAAGGCAGUGCGGAAUCUUCUAUUUUGUUGAAGACCCUAGCUUUCCCAAUUAACCCUUCGGACAUCAACCAAUUAGAAGGUGUGUAUCCUUCGAAGCCGGAGAAGGUGUUGGACUACUCUACUGAAGAGCCAUCUGCUAUUGCUGGUAACGAAGGUUUGUUUGAGGUUGUUUCAGUGCCAUCUGGUGUCAAGAACUUGAAGGCAGGUGACAGGGUCAUCCCAUUGCAGGCCAACUUUGGUACAUGGUCUACAUACAGAACUUGCGAAAGUGAAAACGAUCUUAUUAAGAUUGAAGGUGUGGACUUGUACACUGCCGCCACAAUUGCUGUUAACGGUUGUACGGCCUACCAGAUGGUGAAUGACUACAUUGAGUGGGACCCAUCUGGAAAUGACUGGUUAGUUCAAAACGCUGGUACAUCAUCAGUGUCCAAGAUUGUUACUCAAAUCGCCAAGGACAAAGGCAUUAAAACAUUGAGUGUUGUGAGAGAUCGUGAUAACUUUGAUGAAGUCGCAGAGAAACUAGAGAAGAAGUAUGGUGCUACUAAGGUGAUUUCCGAAUCUCAAAACGGUGAAAGGGAGUUCGGCAAUGAGGUCUUACCAAAGAUCUUGGGACCAAACGCCCAGGUCAAGUUGGCGUUGAACUCUGUCGGUGGUAAGUCGUGCACUAACAUUGCCCGUAAGUUGUCCCCUAACGGUUUGAUGUUGACUUACGGAGGUAUGUCCAAACAGCCAGUUACUCUUCCAACCGGGUUGUUUAUCUUCAACAGUAUAAGAUCCCACGGUUUCUGGGUCACUGCUAACUCCAAGAGAGACCCUGAAAAUAAGAGAAAGACUGUGGACGCUGUUGUGAAGUUAUACCGCGAUGGUAAGAUCAUCUCUCCGAAAGAAGAUAUUCGCACCCUGGAAUGGGAUGUGAACAACUUGUCUGAUGAGGGAGUUCUUGAUUUGGUGAACCGCGGUAUCGCAACUAAGGGUGCUAAAAAUAUGGUUGUGUUGAAAUGGUAA